AUGUUUGGUCCAUUUAAAGGUACCUUGCCCACUUUAGGAGGUCUUCUUUGGAAAAGGUCGUGGAGAAUGUCCAAAGAUCAAAAGUUUAGACUCAGAAAGAGAAUGCAAUUAGUUGACAGAAACAUUGAAGUGUUGUACCAAUCACUCAAGCCUGCUGGAGAAGGUCAAGUAAGCACUGGUCACCCUAAAAUCGAUCACCUCAAAUUCGUGUUCCCCAAGGAGAAUGAAAUGAAGCCAGUUGAUAAGUAUACUACGUUCAACAAAAACGCUAAAAACUAUAGAAAGGCUGUACACCAUGUUCCCAAAUGGACCAAAUUGUCCUUUAGGGAGAAUCCAAAGUAUUUCUAG